AUCAAUUCAAUCGAUUCCAUCCAUGCAGGAACAGAUAUCUUCCAUGCGAGAAACAAUCCCUCUCUCGCAAACGAUUCCAUCUAUGUAAUCAUUCCUGUAGGAAUCAAUGUCUUCCUUAUCGCAAGUGACAUCGAUGCAACAAAUGGUGUCGGCUAUGCAGACGGUGCCACCAAUGCAGCAGAUUCAGUUUUUACCCGUCCAUGAGGCCCAUCGCGUGCUUGGCUUGGUUGGCGAUCAUCGGUAUCCGGAUCCGACCGCGAUUGCGAGGGCGAGUUUGGCCCAAAUGAAUGAGAUGUCGAGAAAGGCUGGGGCGUCUGCUGAAGUGACGAGUAAUGGUACAGGUUCGGGAAAUGGAACCAGACCGGAGGGGACGGAUGUGACGAGUGGUGAUGCUCCUAUUCUGAUCCCUCCGGAUACAUCCUUGGAUGGGACAGUCCAAACGGUUCACGAGGGAUUACAGGUGUUCACCUUGGGACAUUUGCUUCCGAGGAGUGCGCUUGAUGCUGCGAAUGGAAAUUGGACGUAUGGUGGGGAUAUACCUGGUAUGCCAAAUAUGAAUGGGGGUAGGAAUGGAGACAGGAAUGGAUGUGCUGAUGAAGACGGUGUAGGUGGAAUUGGGGAUUGUGAAGGGGAGGGGUUCGAGAAAGAGGAAAGUCCAGGUGCUGAAGAAGUCGUGCGACCUACACCCACGAACCCCGGCGUCCGAGAAUCUUCAUCAGCGACUUCCAGAGCCACGACACCUUCGACUGGCAGUGGACAGAAACUACGAGUCAGGAGGUCAACGUUCGUUUCAGGAUGGGCAGUCCCACCAUGCGUACUUCUAGUGGACGAUGACGCGGUGAGCAGGAGACUGAGCAGCAAGUUUUUGCAGGUAUUCAGGUGUGCGAUUGACGUGGCAGUGGAUGGAGUGGGAGCGGUGAAUAGGAUGAACUUGGAAAAGUAUGAUUUAGUGCUGAUGGACGUUGUAAUGCCGAAGAUGGACGGUAUAUCGGCCACAUCGUUGAUCCGCCAAUUUGAUCACGUUACACCUAUCAUCUCAAUGACAAGUAAUUCGCAUCCGAGCGAGAUCAUGAUGUAUUAUUCGUCAGGCAUGAACGAUGUGUUACCGAAACCAUUCACCAAGGAAGGGUUGUUGGAUAUGUUGGAGAAGCACCUCAUGCAUCUCAAGGUCAUCCAGGAGAUGUCGAAGGUCCCGAGAAUACCAUGUGCUCUGCGCCUCUCGACAGAUAAUUCGUUAACGGAUGCGCUUGUACCCCCCUCGGCGACCCCUUCUGCUGCUACUACAUCGACGUCUUCCACGUCUUCCUCGGGGACGACUAUGGCUUAUUCUGGGAGGGACAGCGGUGGAUUUGGACCCCCGUCGGCAUCCACAAACGCAGAGGGUGUAGAUAGCAACGGCAACGGUCCGUUGUUCAUGGGCAGGGUUGGAACUGACAUACGGAUUGAUCCGCUUGUGGGGAUGGGGCUGACUGAGGAACGAUAUCAAGCGAUCCUCAAAGACCUCGUGAACGGCGAUAAUUUGGGUGUGCCGGAGGGGUUUGGCUUUGAUAUGAUGGAAGAAGAAGGGAUUGUCGAUGUGGGUGUAGGUCUUAGUGAAGGGAUGAGUGGUGGUAUGGGUAUGGGGGAGAAGAGGGGUUUGGAAGAGGAGCAGGAUGGAAUAAGGGAGGUGAAGAGGGGACGGUUUGAAGUACUGGAUUGAGGCUGACGGUGAUCUGCUCCCCUCCUAUCUCUUCCUGCCCCAAGUGAUUCUAGCCUCGCCCGCCUUUCAACCCGACUCAACCGCCCGUGUCGUGGCAUUCCUCCCAAUAUCUAUGGCGAUGCCAGCGCCCGCUACUUAUGGUCAUGUUCCUGGUAUUGUCUCACCGGCUCGACAUCUUUUCCACUGCAUCAAGCUCUC